CGCCAUGCGUACCUUUAAAAACAAGUCAAGAUGUCUCUACAGAGGCUCCACACCUCGUCCUAAAAAGAGGAAAAGUCAACGAAAAUAUCGACGGGAGUGGGAAGAGGGCAGCCCGUGGCUCGAUAGUAGCUGACUACAUUUACCUGCAGUCAAAAUUCGGGUUAAGGUGAAUAUUCCGGUUACUGAAAGGACAUGCCUAAAGGAAAGAAGGCUAAGGGGAAGAAGGUGGCUCCGGCCCCUUCUGUGGCCAAGAAACAUGAGGCCAAGAAGGUCGUCAACCCCCUCUUUGAAAAGAGGCCCAAGAACUUUGGCAUCGGCCAGGAUGUUCAGCCCAAGCGUGAUUUAACACGCUUCGUGAAAUGGCCUCGUUAUAUCCGCCUGCAAAGGCAACGCUCCAUCCUCUACAAGCGUCUGAAGGUUCCCCCUGCAAUCAACCAGUUCACCCAGGCUCUGGAUCGCCAGACUGCCACCCAGCUGUUCAAGUUGGCCCACAAAUACAGGCCAGAGACCAAGCAGGAGAAGAGGCAGAGGCUGCUCGCGCGUGCUGAGCAGAAGGCUGCUGGAAAGGGAGACACUCCCACCAAGAGGCCUCCUGUUCUUCGUGCAGGUGUGAACACCGUCACCUCUCUGGUGGAGAGCAAGAAGGCCCAGCUGGUCGUCGUCGCCCACGAUGUGGAUCCAAUUGAGCUCGUUGUGUUUCUGCCUGCGCUGUGCCGGAAGAUGGGCGUCCCAUACUGUAUUGUCAAGGGCAAGGCUAGACUGGGCAAGCUGGUGCACAGAAAAACGUGCACUUCAGUUGCCUUCACACAGACUAACCCUGAGGAUAAAGGUGCACUUGCUAAGCUUGUUGAAGCUAUCAAGACCAACUACAACGACAGAUAUGAGGAGAUCCGUCGGCACUGGGGAGGCAACAUCUUGGGUCCCAAAUCCACAGCCCGCUUCACGAAGCUGGAGAAGGCUAAAGCCAAGGAACUGGCAACCAAGCUUGGUUAAAAUGUUUAUAAUAAAAAAACAAAUCAUAAUUGGUGUGACUUGUCUUUCUGU